CCCACGUUCAACGAACCGCCACCGAAAGUCCGCCAAUCCAAACCGCCACGUCCGUGCCCAGAACCAGAAGCCACACACCGCUCUCUUCUUCUGUCUGCGCUCGAUAAAUCAAUCCCUCGCCGGCGGCUCGCCCCCCGAAGCCAAGCGCAACUUCCAAAGUCCAAAGCAGGCAGGAAGGCGCCCCUGUAUGGCCGAGGCGGAGGCGAGCAGCAGGCGGCGCCGCUGCGGCGGCGCGGCGGAGCUGUGCGCGACGGCCGCGCGGCUCGCGGACGCGGCCUCGUGGUGGUGCGCGGUGGCGCUCGUGGCGCUCGUGCUGCUGGGCGCGCUCCGCGCCGAGACCGACGGCGUCGGCGACGGCGACGGCGGCGGCGCCUACCGUGCGCUCCGGGGCCCGCGCCUGGGCGGCCCCGCGGCGCGGCCGUGCGAGGAGGUGUACGUGGUCGGGGAAGGCGAGACGCUGCACAGCAUCAGCGACCGGUGCGGGGACCCCUUCAUCGUGGAGCGCAACCCGCACAUACACGACCCCGACGACGUCUUCCCGGGGCUCGUCAUCGCGCUCUGCCCCACCAGGAACACCUAGCCAGCGCCGCUCUCUGCUCUUCACAGCCGACGCUCGUGGGUCGGGGCGCCGCCGCGUGUUCUGUUUCUGCUGCACUGCACUGCACCUGCUGCUGCACUGCAUGCACGGGUAGCGUAGCGCGCGCCACGCCACGCCAGAGAUGGACAUGGACGCAAAAGGGUCCUUGCGUUCUUCGUUUCCUUCGGUCCUUUUUUUUUUGGUUUUACACUUUGCUCCAAAACUGGUCCUUGCGAUCUUGACAACCUUCUUGGAGAUGGGAAAAAGAUAAGCUGUGCAUAAUACUAACUUGUUAAG